GCACGACGUGAAUGAAACCCGCCAUCUUGUAGCACCACCGAGGAGAAGAGCAGCAGAUAUGGCAGACUACAGCAGCGUGGCUCCCCCGUCCUCUAACGCCGGUGGUGGAAUGAACGAUGCUUUUAAAGAUGCUCUACAGCGAGCACGACAGAUCGCAGCGAAAAUCGGCGGUGAUGGUGUUGCGGCUCCCCCAACUAAUGAAUUUGGCUACGGAGGCCAGAAAAGGCCCCUGGAGGACGCUGGUGGGUAUUUUCCCAUGCCUAACCUGGAUAUCGAUCAACCAGAGACAAAGAAGGUAGCAACAAAUGAUGCUUUCUCCGCAAUGGGAGGAAUGGGUGGCCCCCCACGGUCAAUGUCAGAAGAAUUCAAGGUUCCCGAUGGAAUGGUUGGAUUUAUCAUUGGAAGAGGCGGUGAGCAGAUUUCACGUAUUCAGCAGGAGUCUGGGUGUAAAAUACAGAUUGCCCCUGACAGUGGAGGGAUGCCGGACAGGUCGGUGACUUUAACAGGACCACCAGAAUCAAUCCAGACUGCAAAGAGGUUACUGACCGAGAUAGUCGAGAAGGGACGUCCAGCCCCGGCUUUCCACCACAACGAUGGGCCGGGAAUGACUGUUCAGGAAAUCAUGGUACCUGCUUCUAAAGCCGGCCUUGUCAUCGGAAAAGGAGGGGAGACUAUCAAAAGCCUUCAGGAAAGAGCUGGAGUGAAGAUGGUCAUGAUCCAAGAUGGACCCCAGAACACGGGUGCAGACAAACCUCUCCGCAUCUCAGGAGAACCUUUCAAAGUUCAACAAGCCAAAGAGAUGGUGAUGGAGCUGAUCAGAGACCAGGGCUUCAGGGAGCAGCGGGGAGAGUAUGGCUCAAGGAUCGGAGGCGACAGUUUAGAUGUUCCUGUCCCACGGUUUGCAGUAGGAAUUGUUAUCGGGAGAAAUGGAGAGAUGAUCAAGAAAAUACAGAAUGACACAGGCGUCAGAAUUCAGUUCAAACCAGACGACGGUAGCACACCAGACAGGAUAGCACAGAUCAUGGGUCCUCCUGACCAGGCUCAGCAUGCAGCAGAGAUCAUUUCUGACCUGCUGAGGAGCGUCCAGGCUGGAGGUCCUCCAGGACAUGGAGGUGGCAGGGGGCGUGGUCGUGGGCAGGGCAACUGGAACAUGGGCCCCCCUGGUGGUCUGCAGGAGUUUACCUUCACAGUCCCAACCAUGAAGACUGGCUUGAUCAUUGGAAAAGGUGGUGAGACAAUCAAAGGCAUCAGCCAGCAGUCUGGAGCCAGGAUCGAGCUACAGAGGAAUCCGCCACCAAACGCCGAUCCCAACAUAAAGAUGUUCACAGUCAGAGGCUCCCCUCAACAGAUCGACUACGCCAGGCAGCUGGUAGAGGAGAAAAUUGGGGGCCCAGUUACCCCAAUGGGUGGCCCACACGGUCCCCCUGGUCCACAUGGAGGACCAGGCCCACAUGGUCCUCCAGGGCCACCUGGACCCCCAGGGGCUCCCAUGGGCCCAUACAACCCUGGACCAUACAAUCAGGGACCUCCAGGACCGCAUGGUCCUCCUGCUCCUUAUCAGCCUCAAGGAUGGGGUAAUGGCUAUCCACACUGGCAACAGGGACAACCUGACCCAAAUAAAGCAGCAGCUGAUGCCAACGCAGCAGCGUGGGCAGCCUAUUAUGCUCAGUACAGCCAGCAGCCGCAGGCCUCCAUGACUCCAACCAGUGGAGCUCCAGGCACGACUCAAGCCAAUGGCCAAGGUGACCCACAGGCUGCAGGUCAGAGUGGACAGACAGAUUACACCAAGGCCUGGGAGGAAUAUUACAAGAAAAUGGGUCAACAAAGUCAGCAGCCUCAGGACUACACGAAAGCCUGGGAGGAGUAUUACAAGAAACAAGGUCAAGCGGCCCCUCAAGCCGCUCCAGCAGCAGCAGCAGCUGCUGCCACUCAGCCCGGAGGCCAGCCAGACUACAGCGCUGCCUGGGCAGAGUACUACCGGCAGCAGGCUGCUUACUACGGCACAGCCAACCCUCAGGCUAUGGGUGCAGCACCACAAGCCCCUCAGGUACACACUCUAUUAGAAUCUGUUCUCCAACAUUGAUUUGCACUCAGUCUUUUUGCACAAUUACCAUCUUCCUUCCAUAGGGUUUUGCAGGGUUCCAGUGAUUGUAGCAGCCUCACAACCUUAACCAAACCUCUUCCUCCCUAAACAGGCUUUUUUUUCUUUUCUUUUUUUAGCUUUUUAUUUUGGGAAGCUGAGUCCACUGUUUCUGCUGUUAACAUGCAAUGUAUCUUCUAUGUAUUUCUUCUGCACAGGGCCAGUAAUGUGAAGUGGACAUAAAGUAAAUGCUACAUUGUCGAAACAAAAUCCUUUGUUAAAUGUUUGGAUGCAGACGCCUUGAUGAAGAUCUUAAAUUUCCUUGGUUUGAAAGUGUUUCACAUAGAUGGCAGAUAACCCGGAGAACACGUCCUCAGAUUUUUUUUUUUUUUCUUUUUUCUGUUGUUUUUUUUUUUCUUUUUCUUGUAAAUGCUUUGUUUUUAGUGAGGUAAUUAUACAUAUGGUCAUUCCAGCCCUGUAUCUACAUUAAAUGUGGUUAGAAGUCAUGUUUAUUAAACUGUAGACAUUACCAUGUAAAUCAUCUCAGUUUUAAAAAUGCUAUUGCCUGUUGUGUUUUUGCAAUAAAACAAACUGAAACCUCCUGUGUUGGUAAGUUGGGGUGGUUCACAGCAAAUGGGUUGAAGCAUUUCUGUAUGUUUUUGUUUACCUGGGGUUGGGGAGGUUGAAAUGAAAGCCAUGUGUGGGUUCAGUUGUUCCAAAAGGUUGACUUGGAAGUUGUGCUGUCCUGUCUCUCUCCAACUGUCUAUAAGGCUUGUAGAAAACAUGCGAGUGCAAUGAUCCAGAGUGGCUCAGAUCGACAAACGUCCUUAUGAAUUCUGUUUCCCGACUUUAUUUACUGUAGCUGUAGACUCAUGUUUUGUUCUAAGAAAGUUGACAGGUAUCUGAAUCGUCUCUCAUGCAUUAAUUGCGUUGCUGUGGCCCUUUUUUAUUUUGCUUUUGCCUGGUUUGCAGAUAUUGUUGAGCUUGUAUUUUUUUUUUUUGCCUUGAUAGUCACUUCCUCCUCCACAGGCAAGUUUAGAAAAGCGGUAAGCAGGUAUUCUGAACAUGUUCCUCAGAAAAUGUGGUUUCAAGAAAUGUUGCAUAUUUUUAGUGUCCUUUUUUGUGCUGUUCUUUUUCCAGGACAGUCAGGUAAAUUGCCACUGUAUUUUAAAACAUGUAUGGAAACAUUUGCCUUGCCCAUUUCCAAAUGUGUAUAAAUUUGUUUUUUUAAAAUGUUUUUUUAAUAUAAAAACAUUGCAAAAAUCGUCUUUGCUGUGCCCAUUCUGUUAGUGUUUAUCCAAUAUAAGAACAUAGAUGCUGUAGGGUUGGGGGUGGCUAAGCAGUCUCAUCAACCAUCAGUUGAGCCCUCCUGUAAUGUAAGUACAAAACUGACUUGAUUGACGAAUACUUUAUGCUUUAUAAACUGCAGACGAUGUAGUAUUUUUGUCAAAAAUUGCUAUUUUUUUCCCCUGUCCUGGGUAAGUAUGAAAUGUUCUGAGAGGCAUAGUAUUCCAAACGUUUUAAUGAUUCUUGUACCACAUGUUUCUGAGACUUUUUCGUGACUCCCAUUGAUUGCAUAACAUGUAGACUUUGAGUCUUUACAGUAUGAUGUAGAUUGUGUAGGUAGCAUUUCAGUGCCAGCUGGUUUUUCUGAACUGAGGGUUUGAAUGUCAGUACUGUUACAUUGCUGGUAGGAACUGUGCAAGGAUGUGGUUUUUGCGUUCUGAAUAUCUGCCCUGCUGAGUGCCAUUAAGUUCACAUUUUUACAUGCCAUUAAUUGCAACAUGUUGCUUAGAAAUCUACAGUUCCAGUUUAGCAUGCUUAGGUUUCUGCUGAUGAUUUCUUUACAUGUUCCAUAUAAGCAUGUGGAAUGCUAGUAGUGGAAGUGUUUAUGAUUAGCUCAGUACUGAUCAUUUCUGAUGGAGCACUGUUGUGAAAGGCUGUUUUUAAAGACAGAAUAUUUGACUGCAUUGUUCACUGAUGGCAAACAGUGCAAUAUAUCUGAUCUUUGCAGUGUCAUCCCAGACCUUGCACCUUAGGUUCUGCUGCAUAACACAGGUAAGCGAAGCCUAAGGAAACAAAGUGUUUUUGUCCAGUGAUUAUGAGCCAUUUAUAUAUACAUACAUAUGCAAAGAAAUGCUUACCUGUGUCGUUAACACGCCUCAAUGCAUAUAUGCCUCGUCGUUAAAGAAAUGUCCGUUUUGAGGAUCUGUUUUCAUUAAUGAACUGCAUGAUGAGCUGUAUCACUUGUUACGUGAAGUUUUACUCUUGAAAAGUGAUUUUUCCCACCCAAAAAAAAGUUGCACAAGUGGAAAUGCUCUUGCAAAUAUCUGCUUAAUAAUUGAUAAAGGCUUUGUCUUUGCAUCUGGUAAGUCUGACUGCGACUGUAGAAGGAUGCUUUAAGUUGACACUGGUGUAACCAACUGCAUGCCAUGCAAACCUGUUGCCAGAAGUUAGCAAUGUGCUCAAAUGCUAGGUGGAAAACGGUGAAGUACGUGACCUUUUUUCUUUUCUGUUUUUUGUUGUGUGAAUCUGCCCUCAAGUGCAGUGCAUAUAUAUAUUAUUGAAACACUGCUGCCUUCACUUCUCGCUCACAGUGUUGGAGGAUGCUGCAGGCUUAGGUCGUAGAAUCAGGCCCUGUCGUAGUUUGCCCCCCCCUUCUCCCCAAAAGGAGGAAUCCUUUGAGUCAAUCCCACUGCUGAGCGUAGACCGUUCAAGAGCUCCAGUGAUAAGGUAAAGCAGCAACGCAAUGAAAUUUUAAGUCUGUGAUUGCAAAGUGAUGGUCAGAAUAAUGUUUUGACAGCCUGGAAUUUUUUUUUUCUCCUUACCCAUGAUGACAUAGUAUACUUAGAGCUGUUUGAUGGUUUGUGAAUGCCUUCAUCUGUAACUGUACUUCAAAAAACUUCAGAAAGUUGGAUGAGAGCAGGAACUGAUAUACUUCAAUGAUCCAUGCAGCAAUUUUGGAGGUUCAAUUUAAAAUCACUUCUUUUGUAGUUAAAGGGUUUAUGGAUUGAGGUUGUCCACUCUGUGGGAGUUGCUCUGUUUCAAUUUGGAAAUCGAGGGGGGUGUAGAGGACAGAACAAGGAGCAUGCCUUAGAGGUAAACAAGGGUUCAUGUGCUGUGUAUAUGAAAUCUAUUGGUUUGUUUUUUGAAUUAACUUUGACUAUUGAGAUGUUGCCAUGUUCAUAAAUAAAGUUGUUAAAAACUGGA